AUGCUUGGAAGGCUCUGCAGGCUUCUCCCCAAGGACUGCUCCGGGACCUUGUGGUCCAGUUCAAACAGCGGCAGCUUCCUUUCCGGGAUCCCUGCUACCCAGCUGCCCCUCUCAUCGCCUUUUCUAGCCCUGACUGAAGGGUCCCUCUGGCUGCCCCGCGGUGGCUGGCUCGUUUCGUCCUUCGGUCUCGGACCCCCGUCGUUACGGCGGUGCCCGGCCCAAAGGCCCAGAAGACUUGUUGUCUCGGCAGGGGCGGUGAAGCGUCGGGAGAGGACGUGCCCCAAGACCUGUGAGGACUGCCAGGGUGGGGAAACUGAGGCUGAGGAGGAAGAGAGGGUGGCAGCGACGGAGGAGGAAGAUCUCGUGGCUCUGGUCGCCGGGCCUCUGGCGGAGAGCCGCAGGCCUCAGCGGGUGGAGGCCGCCUUCCACUGCCGGGUCCGCAGGAACGUGGCUGUGGAGCGGCGAACCCUCCAGGAGCUCCACUUCUACUACCUGCCAGAAAAAGAAGGGUCAUUCCACCGAGGCCUGGGGCUAAACCUCACCAGCGGCCAGUACACGGCCCCCAUCACAGGAUUCUACACCUUCGCCGCUACCUUGUACAUCGGUAAGACCCAGCAGCCUCGCGGAGGCGCCUCUAGGGGGCAGCCUCGGUCCCGGGACCGCCUGCGGGUGCUGAUCUGCGUCCAGUCUCUGUGCCAGCAUAAUGUGUCUCUGGAGGCCGUGACGGGCCUGGAGAGCAGCAGCGACCUCUUCAGCGUCUCGGUCAGCGGCAUCCUGUACCUGCAGGCCGGCCAGUACGCCUCCGUCUUUGUGGACAACGCCACGGGCUCCCCCCUCACUGUCCGCAGCGGCUCGGACUUCAGUGCCGUCUUCUUGGGGGUCUGA